CUAUAUAAGACCAUUCCCCAUGUCAUUUUAUUCACAACCAAAAAUCAACUCUUGACCUUUAAAAACUCUCACAUUUGCAACAAUCAGAUCAAAUCAAGCUUCAAAUGUCACACAAGAAGAAGAUGGUAUCCCAAAACCUCACAAUCAUUAUCAUUUUCCUCUCUAACUUUUCAUCUCUUGCACAUAUCGAGCCAGCCGGGCAUAAUUCCCAAAUAACCCAAACCAAAAACGAAACCCAAACCCAAACCCGAACCAAAACAGUAGCGUACAUAGAAUCCUCGUGCCAAGAAACAAGGUACCCAGAUCUAUGCAUCCGUUCAUUAUCUACAUUCGCCAAAUAUUCAACCAUAGAUGGGCCUGACCACUUGGCCCACAUAGCCCUUUCAGUUAGCCUAACCAAAGCCCUUCAAACAAGAGGUUACUUAUUAAAAGUGGUUAAACAACUUGAAGACGAAAUCAACAAUCCUAGUGGUCAUGUGUACUUAACUAUACAAGAUUGUGUGCAACAAAUCAAUGAUAGUGUUGACCAACUUAGCCAAGCGAUUAAAGAGCUUCGAAGGGUGAACAAUUUAGGUAAAAAUAUAAAUGAUAAAAUCUUGUGGCAUAUAAGCAACGUUGAGACAUGGGUGAGUACUGCUUUAACAGAUGCUAGCUAUUGUGUUCAAUCGUUUCCUGGGUAUAGGAUGAGUAAGAGGACUGCUACUAUAAAAGUUAAGGCACAAAAUGUUGCUGAGGUUACUAGUAAUGGACUUGCCUUGUUUCAUAGAUAUGCUGUUAAGUACAGAGAAGCUGCUAGAUCUGCCAAGAAACCAUAAAGAUCAAUAUAUAUACUUCCUCUCUUUAAUCGAAUAUAAGUAAAAUAGGUAAUUCAAUAGUUAGUGUAUCAGAUUUUAAUUUAAGAUCAGAUACAUAAACUUUUUAAUUACUAUUUUUACUUAUAUUCAUUUUUAAGGAGUAUAUUAUGUCAAUGCUUUUGUGGUUGUGUACAUGAUACUUCUUUUUUCUUUGUGAAGGUUGUAUAAAUUUUUCAGUCAAAAACAAAAACAAAAAUAAAAAUGGUUGUCUAAAUUUCAUA